AUGAACGCUCAGCCAAGCACUGUGCAGCGCACGCUGCAACGUGACUUCAGAGUCACGUUUGAGGACCUGAUUGGUGUUGUGGAGUCGGGGAGCAUCUCCUCGGAUCAGCUUGCAGAGUUCUCACAGCGGUUCCAGCAGUCUCUCCGCGAUGCCACAGCACUCACCACCAGUCCAAACGCAAACGUCUCCGAACAGGAGGCACAGCGCAUCGCUGCCAUGUACAGAUGUUGGCACUUGUGUGACAUCUUCUUCACAAGGGGUGACAGCAUCUCGAAGAUGGGCGGCUUUGUGCUUGGGGAACUGCUCAAGUGGAGCGCAGAACACUUUGCAGAGGCGGACCGUCACCGCCUUGAUCUCGUUCGCUGCAAGUCCAACUUUGACGAACACCCUUCAUUCUGGCCAGCGGUGGUGCACCUUGUGUGCCAGGGCCGCAUGAAGGAGGCGAGCCAGCUGCUGCAGCUCCACUCGCGCUACCCGCGUGACGAGAUGGUCACCAACGCGGUCCGCACCGUCGAGGAACUCACCCGUCGUAUGCCCGUCUACCACCCAGGCACCUCACGCACAGAGUUUAUGGGCAAGUGGCAGACAUGGCACAAGCACGUGCUCGACAGAACAGCUGACAUAACUGACCCGCACCUCGCCCUCAUCGCACGGCUGUUCAAAGGAGACGACGACGCCUUCCAGACACUCAUUGACAAGUAUCGGAUGCACUGGAUGGAGGUGCUGAUUGCACGCAUCCUCUUCACCGCUCCAACGAUUGUCCUCGUCGACAUGCACGCACACCUCCAGGCUGCAGCGGAGCGGUGCGCGUGGGUGGACGAGUAUGAUCUCCUCAGCGUCGUCAUCAGUGGUGAUGCGCACACCGUUCUCGAGCAAGCCAGAGAUGAGUUUGGGACGUGCAUGUUCUCGGUGCACCUACUGAUCUUCCUGAGCCAGACAAACUGGCUUGCAGACGGCGCAGAGCAGGACGCAGAGUAUUAUCUGCUGGAGUACGGGCAGGAGUUUAUUGAUCAGCACAACUGGACCGGCGCAGGCUCGUAUCUCUCAAGCAGGUGCGGGGAGGAAGGGUUGCGGCGACUCGAGAAGAAGCUGCUCUCCGUCACGAUGAGGACAGAGAAGUGCGCAACACAGGUGUGGCGCUGCUGCUUGCAGUAUCACCUCAACGCCGCAGCUGCGCAGGUGUGCCGUGUCUUUGGGCAGAAGCUGCAGCGGGAAGGAAAGCCCGUCAGCGCCAUCACCUGGUUCAUUCGCGGCGGCGCAACAGAUGAACUCACGAGGUCGCUGGCUGACGAUGUGCUGCUGCGAUAUGCGCGCACACACGACGCGGCGGAGCUGGCGGUGGCGCAGCAGUUUACACAGGCCGCCGGCAGGUGUCAGCGGCUCCAAUUUGCAGCCAAGUACAAGGACAUCUGCGAUCAUGUGCAAAGCGGAAAUUUCGCGCACGCGUCGGGCGCCGUCAUUGAAAUCCUCACGGAGACCACGCUCGCCCCAAAGUGGUUCUGGGUGCAUGUGUUGAUUGACAUGCUGCCGCUCCUCGAACACGACGACGUCCUCUUCUCCUCCUUUGACACGCGGUCGCUGAUUCAGUGCCUGGAGGAAGUGGAGCUGUCACACUGCCGCGAUGAAUACAUGCAGACAAUCGCACACAAGUACAUGAAGCGUUCUCGUGCUCGCAAUGCUGAGGAUGAGGUUGAGAAGAUCAGAAUGGCGCUGGCACGAAACUUGGCAAGAUCACUCCUCGUUCAGGCACCAGCAUGA